AUGUCUCAGAAAGGGACAAAAAAGGGAGGAGCGCCCUCACCCAGAUCAAGCACGUCGUCAAACACCCCCCCGGCACAGGGGACGCCUGGGCGCUCCGGGCUCCGCCAGCCCAAGUCAGGAGAAAAUAGCAACAGCUCCAAGAGUGGCAGGAGCCACAGCCAGGGCUCUGUAGCAGCCGUCUACCUGUCCUACCUCAACACUCUCUUUGGACAGGAUAGGGAGCUGAUGCCUGAGGAGUUGGAUGAGCUGCAGGUGGCCUUUAAGGAAUUUGACCACGAUGGGGAUGGCUUCCUGCAUUACAAGGACGUGGCCGACUGUAUGAGGACCAUGGGAUACAUGCCCACCGAGAUGGAGCUCAUAGAGAUUAUACAGCAGAUCAAGAUGAAAUAGUUUGUCAUGAUGCUGUCCUCGCGGUAGCAAGCCUCAGCCACCAAGCAAACAAACUAACAAGAUGCACUGGAUGAGGUCUGGAUCACCGAAGAAGUGGCAUCAUUCGUGUCAAUUUCCUGUAGCGUUGUGCAUGAUUUUGCAUAUUCAUCAGAUUUUACAUCUGAAUGGUUUUGCGGUGUGUAGACUUCGAUUGUAAGAUAUCAAUUUAGGUCAAAUUGUUGCCUUCUUUUUUUCUUUUUUUUUUACAAUAAAACUGAUUUAAGCAAUGCAGCAGAGGACGAAGGGUGAGUUAUGAAACAUGACUACUGUUACAUCGCUCUUACAUAGCAGUGGUGAGUCUAUGUCGCCACCUUGUGGAAACAUUCUAAACAACCAAUUGAACAGAUUGCACUGAACGUACCAAGCAUUUCCAGAUGACGUAACACCCAAUGCAUAACACUGGGAUCGGAUGGUUACAUUGGCAAUGGGUUACAUUUAGUCCAUACGUUAARAUAAUACCACUUGAGGCUUCAGGUUGAAAAAAAUGAGUUAAUUUAUUAUUGAAAAUGGAUAACUUAAAACAMUCGGGAAAAAAACAUGAUCUGUCCAAAAACAAAAUGAUUUAAACGAAACAAAGCCGCAACUUGACAUACAUUAAUACACACACUGUGAAUGCAUUGCGGGC